AUGUCUAUAAAUGAGAAAUCAAUUAAGCAACUAUUAAGUGAGUUGGUGGGAAUUCAGGUCAGAAAUGAUAUAAAAAGUAAUGAUGAGAAAAGCCAUAGAAAUUUAAUUAAGAAAAUAGAAGAUAAAAUAUGGUCAACAAUUCUCUUCAAAAAAACUAAUAAGAGGACUAUGGAUGAUUCUGACUACAUAAGCUUUCUAGAUUCCAGUCUAUCAAAUAUUAUUGUACAAAGUCAUGUCGGGCCAGAAUCUGUUGAGAAUAUGAAUAUGAUCAUGGAACAGAGAUCUAAAGUUAUAGAGAAUAGAAUGUUUUGUUUUCUACCAUUAUUUAUUUUAUCUCAUAAUUUGGUUAGACAUUAUUACCAAAGUUCUUCAGGAAUUUGUAUUUUACAAAUAAUGUACAUUCUUUUUGGAUCUUUAGAUUAUUGUAGUUUGGAUUUUUGGCAGGACCAAAGUUUAGUCAAAACCUAUCAAUCUGACUUUACUUGGAGAUUGAACUCUAUAAUGCAGAGAAACUUGAGUGAUUCAGUAACUAACUAUGAGAAAGAUAAUGAGGAGUUAAAAUUCGAUUAUAAAACAUGCCUUGUUACCUUUUCUUCUUUAAUAUUUAAAAAUUCAGCCUUUAGUAAAAGUUCUCGAGAUUUUUGGUUGGAUAUUAUCUCAGAUUUUGCUCUUGGAAUAGUUACCUUUAGAAAUCUGGUCUCUGAUGUACAUCUAAGUGUAGAGAAUUUGUUUAAUAGUGAGUUAACUGAAUAUACUGAAAAUUUCGAGGAAAUUGAAAUUUCCAAAGAAACCAAUAAAAUUGCUCAAAUCGCUUUUGGAAAUGACAAUUUUAGUCUCACUGAUGAUAGCAUUACAAAAGGUACCGAAUCUAAAAUUUCUAUAUGCCCAAAAAGUACUAUUUCUAUAAACCAAAACCCAACUUAUCUUAAGACCAAUAAGAAUUCUUUGCUUGCAUCAUUUAUGGGUAAUUCAGAUGAUGAACUUGAUGAGCUAGAGGAAAUGGAAUUCCACCUGCAAGAAAAGUUGGAUGGGGAAAAUGAAGUAACUGUUGAUGGCGUGGAGGAUGCACUGGAGAUAAUUGAUAAUAAACAGGAUCUAAUCCAAAACAAAAGUCAGAUAUUAUGUAACAAUCAAAAAUCAGGAUUACCACCAGAUAUGGGAAGGAAAAAAGAUACAAGGAUUGUGGAUUCCCAGUUAGAGAGAAGAAAUGAUAAACACUUAAAUAUGUCCUCAUUUAACUACUUUGAUGGCUUAUCUAAGUUAAUUAAGGAGAAAAAAGAGGAAUUUGUAGAUGAAAACCACAGAAUUUGCAACUUUUCAAAAGUAAAGCUUCCAAGCUUGCUAAAAAGAAUCUCAGGACGAAGCCAAGUGGAGUAUAAUAGAAAAUAUUUGGGAUUUUCAUGGGAUCAGCAGUACUUGAGUCUAAGUAGAACAAAUAAAAUUUUUAAUGAAUCUAUUUUGAGUGUCCUUACUACAGAGAGAAUUAAAAACUGUACCAUAGUUACCCCAGAUCACGAGAUCAUCAACAGAGAUAGACAUAUCUGGAUCAAAUUAGAUUCAUUAAUGAAGCUUUUUCAAGGAUUGGAUUCAGAGGAGUUUUCUCUUUGUCCAAGGUACCGAAGAGAUAGGAAGGAUUUGUCUGGAGAACUUUUGAGAAGCUAUAAUAUAUUUAUAGAUCAAUACAAUAUUUCACUCAAACUAGUGGAGGAAUUUGGAGAAUUAUCUCCUUGGAUGAACCAUUUUGGCCAGGGGGACAAAUUUAUAUAUAUAGGAACUGGCAGGAAAACCAAUGAUUUUUCAGCUUCACAAAGCGAGUUUAGAAAUUUGUAUAAUGGUCAAGACGAGCAAAUAUAUCUGUCUGAAGAUCUUGUCUCAAUGAUCUGUCUGUUUGGUACAAAGAUAAACUAUUUAAGGAGUUUUGCAGAAUUAUUGGCUUUGUUAGGAGACAAAAUGAAUAGUGAACUUAAAUCAGGAACUAUUUGGAAGAAUGAGUAUCCAACAUGUAGCCAGACGAUCAGAGAAGAGAGUAUGGUAUCCAUUCGUAUUUUAAGCAAAACUAUCCUGGAACUCUUGUGUAUGUAUUUACGAGAUAUUGAGUUAUGCUUUGCUAGACUUAAUAAUAGUAGAAAUGGCCAGAUUACACAUAAAAAUUCUCCUAGUAAUAGUUACCUCAAUAUCACUGUCUUAUUGGCAGAAUUUUCUCCAGCUUUUGAAAUGCUUGCUAGGAUCUUCAAAUUAAGAUCCCCCUAUAGUAGGUCAGAAAAUGAGAUCUGGAAUAUCCCUCAUGGAUAUUUUCUUUUGAGUUAUAUUUAUACUUAUUUAUGGCAAUUUCAAAUAAAUACUUCAUGUACCAUUAAAAGUAAUCAUCAUUCAAACAUAAAUAACAAAAAAGGUAUCAAUAAUAAAAUAGAUAAAGGUAACUAUAGUAAUGGCCACAUUCUGAGUGUGAUUUAUAAAAAUCUCUUAAAGGGUAUUUUCAAAUGUAAGUUGGAUUCAAUUAAAUCAAAUAAGGAAGAAGGAAAUCUGGAGAUUGAUUUGAAGGUCAAUCUGGCUUUGAAUAAAUCAAUAUUGAGAUCUAUAAUACCUGUAUUAUUUAGAAUAUUAAUCAUUAAAAAGAUUCAUUUUACAGAAACUUUCAAAGUAAUAAACCAAGAUCUGAAAUGCAUGUCUUUGGUCAAAACUAAUGAAUUUUCAGAGAAAAAUCUGUCAAUUUUUUUUUCAGAUACUAAUACGUUUACUCAAGAUUUUGUCCUUAAUUAUAGAGAUGACAUUUAUUUGGAUUCUGAAGCGGAAUUUCGUGAUCAAGAUCUUGAAAUUAAGGAGGUAUCGACGGUAACGGUAAAAAAUUUUACAGAAGAAAAUACAUUGAGAUUUAGUCAAGAAGCAAUUGUGGAGUAUUUAAGAAGAAAUGAGCUAGAUUUUAAUCAAGUUUAUGGAAUUUACUUUAAAUACCUGGACCAAACCUUUGAACAAAUUACUAAAUUGGAAUACAACAUAAAUAAAUAUUUAGAUCUUGCCUUCGAGAUUGGAGAAUUGAUUGGGGAAAAAGAUCCAGAAAGAAAAGAUCAUAAUGUAGAAAUACUGCCUUUGGGAUUAUUUGAAUUUCUAAAGGAAGUUAUUCAAAACAAAGUUAAGAAUAAGAAAUUGAUCUCGACAGGUAGAUAUGGUAUUCUGGGGUUAGGAGAAAUAGGUAUCGAGAAUUUAAUGUGGAGAGAAAAUUGUAAUACAGCAUAUACUAAACAGCUGAACAAUUAUAUUUCAGUUAACGGAGACUUAAAAUAUGAGAACUUGAUGAGGUUUGUCUUUGGGUUAGAUUUAAACUUAAUUCAAUUUAGGAAGGAAAUUAUUAGAGAAGAGAUUUCUAACACUUUUGAGAUACAAAAGGUUGGAAAAGAGCAAGGAGAAGAUGAUCUAUUGAGACUUUUUCAGAUGAUAGUUUUAUUGGAAGUUAUCUCCAAAAAGUUCUUAAAUAUGAAAAGCUUCAUUGGAAGACUUAGUUUAUAUAUUUGGUGCAGGAAGAAUACCACGGAUUAUAAUUUAUAUCUUAAGUUCUCCCAAGGGUACCUCUAUGAUGCAUUUUCUGAGGAACUUCAAAAAUUAAUUUGGGAAAUCGAAAACAAUAUUAAUAAAAUUCACAGUACAAUUCAGAUAAUAAAAGAAUAUUUGGUAAUGCUAUUUAGGAGACUUGACCCUAAAAUAUUACUAAAGAGCCAAAACUGUUACGAAGACAAAGUGAGUUAUAAAAGUUGUAACUAUGACUAUAAAUGGAGAGUUGUUCAGAAAUAUUAUUAUGGAAAGCUAUUUAAUCAUCUAAGUUUAAAUGAGAAAGGAUUUAUGUACUUUAUAACGAGUAUAGUUUGCCAGAUCUGUCUAAUAUCAUCAGAUUUGGUUUCAAAAAUAGAUUCUUUUAAAGACAUUCCUAAAAGGCCAAGUUCAUUUUCUCCAAAUAUAUCUGAUGAUCAGGAUCCAAAUGACAGCCAGAGAAACAUUAUUUUGGAAUUUGUUAACAAUUGGAAAUCUAACAACCUUGAGGAGAAAGUUUCUCAUUAUUUCCGAGUCUACAAAUCUCUAAAGAUUUACAUUUCAGACAACAAGAGUAUUUUUAGUACAGAAAACUCACAUAUCCUUUAUUAUAUUGAUAGCUAA